AUGACUUUAGAAGACUUUGAGCGGGAAUUGGCGGAGAAUAAUAGAAAGGAGAAAGAAAAAGAAGAGAGAGAGCACGAAAGGUCGAGGCGAAGACAUCGACACCGCAGUGACCGUGACCGCGACGAAGACUCCAAACAUCGCUCCCAUCGACACCACCACCGGCAUCAUUCUCCGCAUGGUCGACAUAGCCGCCGAGAAGAGGAUGAUGACGAUGACGAAAGACGUAGACAUAAACGAUCCCGACACUCAACAAGCAAUGGCGAGGAAAGAGAGCACCGGCACAAACGACGCCAUCGCGACAGAGACAGGAGCAGGAGCAGAAGCGCUGACAGAGAAGACAACAUGAAAGAAGAGGCAAAAGACCCUACUACAGAGUUGGAGACUGGAACCAAGCUUCAGAGAGACUCAUGGAUGGAAGGGCCUUCAGCUCAAGACGUUGAUUAUAUACACCGGCCAAGGGAGAAGCCACAGGAAACACCAGCAGCUCGAAUGCUAAAGGUCGAUUUUGGGCAGAAAUUGCAUGAGAAGGAGCUGAAUCGCCAUUUACUUGACGUUGCAGAGGACGCUGAUUCUAUACGGCAAAGUGACCCGCUGGAGGUGGACUACACAUUCGGCGACGAAGGGUCACAAUGGCGCAUGACGAAGCUCAAAGCAGUCUUCAGACAGGCUAAAGAGGCUGGCAAAACCGUUGAAGAAAUUGCUAUGGAACGUUAUGGCGACCUGCGGUUCUUUGACAAUGCCAGAGAAGAAGAAAUUGAACUGGACCGAAGAGAGAGGUAUGGGAAGGAUUACGUUGGAAAAGAGCGGCCCUCUGGGGACCUUUUCAAAGAGAGAAAGUUGGAUAUGGAAACAACUACGAGAGAUGAUAACCAAAAACAAGCUAUGCGUGAUGAACCUCCCUUACAAGGGGAAAGGAUGGAGACUGAAGCAGCUCCACGGGAGACCCAAGUGCUCGAUGCUAGCUCUCUGAACAAACUAAAGGCCCAAAUGAUGAAGGCGAAAUUAAGAGGUGCACCGGAUGCUGCAGAGUUAGAAGCUCAAUAUAAUGCAGCAGUUGCCGGGACCGCAAAUAGAAAGGAAUCCGAUGUUGUCGUGCUAGGAGUGAUGGACAAUCGCAUGCUGGCUGGCGGCAACCGUGCAGAAGUUCGUGCGGUAGAAACCAAACGGGGCAGAGAGCGAGGUCAGGUAGAGGAGAACGAGGAUAUGACCAUUGAAGAUAUGGUUCGCGAAGAGCGCAGAAACCGUGGAGGCGCAGGGGAAGGGCAACGGUUUGCCGAAAGAAUCGCCAAAGAUGCCAAAUUCGAUAAUGACCUCGAUUAUAUGGAUGAGAAUGCUUCCAAGCUUGCGAAGCGAGUCCACAAAUCAGAAAUCAAUCUUAAAAAUGCAUCAAUAAGCGAAUUCCAAAAGAUGAAUCGCAUUCUAGACAACUGCCCGUUGUGCCAUCAUGAAGAUACUGGGAAACCUCCCCUUGCGCCGGUUGUAUCCCUCGCAACUCGUGUUUUUCUCACUCUCCCUACUGAGCCGGAGCUAAACGAAGGCAGUGCAUGCAUAGUACCCAUCCAACACCGAACUAACCUUUUAGAAUGCGAUGAUGAUGAGUGGGAAGAGAUCCGGAAUUUUAUGAAAUGUCUAACAAGGUUGUAUCAUGACCAAGGACGAGGUGUUAUAUUCUACGAGAAUGCAGCCAGACCUGGCCAGAAACGACACGCAGCUAUGGAAGCCGUGCCGCUGCCUUACAGUCUCGGAGAGACCGCUCCAGCAUUCUUCAAGGAAGCAAUCCUCGCUGCAGAUGAGGAAUGGACUCAGCAUAAGAAGGUCAUUGAUACGCUUGCCAAAGCCCGGCAAGGAGGCGGAAAGCUCGCGUUCCGUAACACAUUAGCGAAGGAGAUGCCAUAUUUCCAUGUCUGGUUCGAGCUUGACGGCGGGUUAGGACACGUGGUUGAAGACACCAACCGGUGGCCAAAAGGUGAUCUCUUUGCGCGAGAGAUUAUUGGAGGCAUGCUCGACCUGGGUCCUGAGGUGAUUAAGCGGCAAGGCAGGUGGCGUCAAGGCACCGAUAGAAGGGUUGACGGGUUCAAAAAACGCUGGAAAAAGUUCGACUGGACAAGAGUAUUAACUGAGGAGUGA